AUGGCCCUCCCACCCCAUCUCGCCCGUCCCAUCGACGUGCUCAUGAUCGACAACUUUGACUCCUUCACUUGGAAUCUCUACCAGCAUCUGACUCUCCUGGGUGCGGACGUGACCGUCGUUCGCAACGAUGCCAUCCCUGUCUCUUCCUUCCCCCAGCUCCAAAUCAAUUCCCUCAUCAUCUCGCCCGGGCCUGGACACCCUAUCACAGACUCGGGAAUAUCGAGGGACGCGAUUCAGUUUUUCACUGGGAAGGUCCCGGUGCUGGGCGUGUGCAUGGGUUUGGAGUGUCUGGUCGACGUUUUUGGUGGGGAGAUCGGCUAUGCUGGAGAAAUCAUGCACGGCAAGCUGAGCCGCAUUCGCCAUGACGCCCGCGGCUGUUUCAAAGGUGUCGCGCAGGGAAUCAAGUCCACGCGGUACCACUCCCUGAGCGCCGACAUCAAGACCAUGCCUGAUGAUCUCGCCAUCACUGCGACCACAGAGGAGAGCGGCGUGAUCAUGGGCGUCCGGCAUCGCAAAUGCACCCUCGAGGCCGUGCAAUACCAUCCCGAGAGCAUCCUUUCCGAAGGCGGCGAUGACCUCUUCCGCAAUUUCCUUGCUCUCCGGGGCGGUCUCUGGGAGGAGAACCCGUCCUCCGGUGUUCUCGACCAAUCUCUCCCUCCGUUCCCCAUACAGGCGCCCAACGGGAAGCUUUCGGUGACCGCGGCCAAAAUUCCCAGUGUGUUGGAAAAGAUAUACGCGCAGCGUCUCAAGGACGUCGAGGCCGCCAAGGCGACUGCUGGGACAACGUCGGGAGAUCUCGACAUCUUCCUCUCUAUGCAUCUUUCGCCGCCUCUCAUAUCUCUAGUUGACCGACUCAAAGCUAGGACUCCUGCUCUUAUGGCCGAGAUCAAGCGUGCCAGCCCAUCCAAGGGACCUAUCGCCCUCAACGCCAACGCGGCGCAGCAGGCCCUCACUUAUGCUCUAUCGGGGGCAUCGGUCAUCUCUGUCCUCACCGAGCCAACCUGGUUCAAGGGCUCUCUGCUGGACAUGCGCCUCGCGCGGCAAGCCAUCGAUUCGCUCCCGAACCGACCUGCUGUGCUGCGGAAAGACUUCAUCCUCGACGAGUACCAGAUCGCCGAGGCCCGGCUGCACGGUGCCGAUACCGUCCUGCUCAUCGUCGCCAUGCUGCCCAUUGCUCGUCUAAAGGCGCUGUACGGCUAUUCCAUGUCUCUGGGCAUGGAGCCGCUCGUCGAGGUCAACAAUGCACAGGAAAUGGAGGCCGCGCUCGCCCUCGGAGCCAGGGUCAUCGGCGUGAACAAUCGCAAUCUCCAUGACUUCCAGGUCGAUAUGGGGACCACCUCUCGUCUGGCCGACAUGGUCAAGGAGCGCGACGUGAUUCUUUGUGCGUUGAGCGGCAUUCAGAGCAAGAGCGACGUUCAAACGUAUGUGGGGCAAGGCGUGGGGGCCGUAUUGGUCGGGGAAGCGCUCAUGCGCGCGAACGACACCGAAGCAUUCAUCCGGGACUUGUUGGACUGGAAGGGCGAACACGAGAUCGAGCCCCAGCGUGCGCCGCUGGUCAAAAUAUGCGGAAUCAGGACGGAAGAAGAGGCGUUGGGGGCCGCGGGGGCGGGCGCAGACAUGCUUGGGCUGAUGUUCGUGCCCACGAGCAAGCGGCAUGUUGACCUCGAGCAGGCGCAGAAAAUCUCGAUCGGCAUUCGGCAGCUGCGGAUAUCACAGCCGUCUUCUGGAGCGCCUCUUGGGGCAGAUAGCUUCACAAACGAGCCGUGGUUCACGACACACGCGCAUAGGUUGUUCAGGUCGCCCACGCGCCCCUUCCUCGUCGGGGUCUUCCAAAACCAGCCCUUGACUUUCAUACUGCACUGCAUCGCGGUCGCGCAGCUGGACAUUGUGCAGCUGCACGGCUCAGAGCCGCUGGAAUGGAGCAAGCAGAUACCGGUGCCCGUCAUUCGCGUGUUCCACGUCGACAGCGAGGGAAAGGGCUUGGCGGGGAUCACGAGGCCGGGGCUGCACGAGUACGUGCUCUUGGACGCUGCUUCGACGCUGGGGGGCGUGAGUGGCGGUACGGGGCGGAAGCUGGAUUGGAGGCUGGCGCAAAAGAUCGUCGAGGGGGGAGAGGCUGGGCCAGAUGCCUCGGCGUCGUCUUCAGUGACGGCACCUCUCCCCAUCAUCUUGGCGGGCGGACUGACCCCGGAGAAUGUGGCCCAGGCGGUCCAGACGGUCGGGCCGUGGGCUGUGGAUGUCAGUGGCGGCGUUGAGCUGGUGGGUGGCGGCAAGGAUAUCGAGAAGAUUAAGAGGUUCAUAGACGCUGCGAAACGGGUAGAUUGA